AUGCAAACUAAACUGCAACAGGUGAUUCGGUUGCUGGUGGUUCUGAUCCACAGUAACCGUGGGAAGUCGCGAGCAGUCCAUAAAGGCGGGUUACUGGUUCUGCUGUCCACACGGGCCACUCCGCCGAUAUGCACCGUUGCUGCCACUGGUCCCUGGUGUUCCAAAUUGGCGAAGAAAAACAUGAAGGAAGAGGUUAUAGACAGGCUUUCCUCCUUUGUUCCUCUUUGUAACUGCUCUUAUCCUGAAGAGCUCCGCACGUUUUCAGAUAACUUUGGGCCUUUACGCUUUGCACAGUCAUUCCAGGUAGAUCAGGAGUGCCAUGAAUUGGAGAUUGCGAGAUUUCUUCAUAGAUUCAGUCUGGUCCAUGCUCAGAUCACCGUUAUCUUCAAAGUAAGGAAUAAAGAACAAACACACCAGCAAGUAUUCAGUGCCAAGAGUACAUAUUCGAUGUUGGGCCGUGCCAUUGCCAUGGACAGUACCGCAUUCGGACAGACUUCGUUCUCUGUGAGGUCUCUCCCUUCAUGUCGCCGGAUGCAUCCAGUUUUAGGGGAGACAGUCCCGCUCCUGCUUUCCUCUGAAGCUGUGGAGGCCGGGUUGUGUGGGGAGGUGAGCAUCACUACCAUGGCUGUGCUCGGGCCCUGCAUGAAGCAGUACCCCAACUGGCCAACUCGCAUCUCGCACAUAUGCUUGUUAGUGUAUAGUCCCAGCGGCAUUCCUCUGAUGCGAGGAGAGCAUGAGCUGAGCUUCCUCCAGAGCCUGGCUGACUCUCUGCCCUGGGGAGACCUGGGUCUGCCUCAGGUCUGCUGUACUCAAACACACACUGCUCAUGGCUGUCUGUGCUCUGAGGUGGAGUUCUCUGUAGACAACGAUCCCCGAGAGGAACCGAGGCCAGAAUGCAGCCUGGCUGUGAGUCAGGAAGUGAAGCUGGAACAAAGUCGUCCUGUGGAGCAAACACUCACUCUUUUCCUCUUCAUCCAGCACAACGACCCCUUUAACUCCCAGCUAUCUGACUUGAUCACAAAUGAAGAGACUUUAGAGACAUACUUGGACAAGGUGUUCCAGUACAAUGGAGAGAAAGUGAGAUCAGCACUGCAGUCUCUACUGGAAAACUCCCUCAGGGAAUUCCUUAAAAGGAAAAAGUCCAGUGAGACAUUUCAGUCGGCCAUGUCGGUGAUCCUGAGCUCUGUGAACAGUAUUGUGAGCAGCAGUAGCAGUGUAGAGUUUCGCUCUGCCUGUCUAAAUAGCAUGAAGGCCCAGAACACCCAUGAUAUGUCUAUAUCUAUGCAUCAAACUCUUCAGAGAGUCAUACAUGGCCGUUUUACUUCCUGUCGCGGGUGCACAGUUGAAAAGGCUGAAGAUGAAGCUGUUUUUGAACAGAAUAGCGCUGAGACCUGUGAAGAGGGAUUACCUGGCAAAAGACCUCGCAGAGAUAAAGAGCAGUCUCCAUUAAUCUCUAAAAGACAGUGUCCAGAAACCACUCCAGAGGAUUCAGAAGCCUCUACGAGCAGUCUGUGGGAGAUUCUGCCAACUCAGAUAACAUCCCUGUUCUGUGCACCAUCAUCUAAGGGACUGGACGAAGAAAUGGGAUUAGCAGGAUCUUCAUCCGGCUCCUUAACCACGACUGAAAUUAAAAACCAAGAGGUUGAGAAGGAAUGGCUUCAAGAACUUGAAAAUCUGACAGAAUGGGUUCUAGCGAAGAUGUUCCCUUGCCUGGCACGUCGGCCAUGGCAGACUUUGUGCAGGAUUUCCCUGCACCAGCGAGUUCGCCUGUCUCAACUCCCUCCCCGAGUAUCACGGCCAUGCUAUGGCUGGCAAAGCAGAUGUAAAAGCCACAGCUUGUGGUUUAGCUUCCCUGAAUCCCGAAGAGCUUCUAUACCCUGGGCACAGGUUCGUUACUUUUCUACUGCCGGCAGCAGUAAAGAUGGACCUCCAAGAGAAUCGGGCCAAAAUGGGACUAAACCCACAGACAAAGUGCUCACUCCUCAGCCCACCAAAGAGUUGGCUGGAUCCAAACCUCUGAGUCUGUCAAAAGCAGAGAGCAUUCAAGUAAAAGUGCGGGCAGUGCUGAAGAAACGAGAAUAUGGUACCAAAUACACUCAGAACAAUUUCAUCACUGCUGUCAGGGCUAUGAAUGAGUUCUGCCUCAAACCCAGUGACCUGGAGCAACUGAGGAAGAUCCGUCGACGGAGUCCUCACGAUGACACGGAGGCAUUCACGGUCUUUUUGCGCUCGGACGUGGAAGCCAAGGCUCUGGAAGUUUGGGGCAGUAUGGAGGCUCUUGCUCGAGAGAGGAAACUCAGGAAAGAUGUGGAGCGACAGUACCAAGAGAAUAUAUUCCGCAAUCAGCAGCUGUUAAAGGAAUAUAAGGAUUUCUGGGGAAAUACGAAACCUCGAUCAGGCAAAAGGACUACUUUCCUCCAGGGACCAGGAAAGGUGGUGAUGGUAGCUAUAUGCAUAAACGGACUGAAUUUCCUUUUCAAACUUCUGGCGUGGGUUUAUACCGGAUCAGCUAGCAUGUUCUCGGAAGCUAUCCACUCCCUGGCAGAUACCUGUAACCAGGCUCUUCUUGCACUGGGAAUAAGCCAGUCUGUGCGUAACCCUGACCCUGACCACCCGUACGGCUUUUCCAACAUGCGUUACAUCGCCUCCCUCAUCAGCGGAGUGGGCAUUUUCAUGAUGGGCGCCGGCCUGUCCUGGUACCACGGCAUCAUUGGACUUAUGCACCCUCAUCCAAUAGAAUCACUGCUCUGGGCGUACUGUAUUUUAGCUGGAUCUCUAGUUUCAGAAGGAGCAACACUCCUGGUGGCCAUUAAUGAAAUCAAGAAGAGUGCUCAUGAGCAAGGACUCUCAUUCUAUGAAUAUGUAAUGCAGAGUCGAGACCCUAGUACCAAUGUGGUCUUGCUGGAGGAUGCUGCAGCUGUUCUGGGUGUGGUGAUGGCUGCAGGCUGUAUGGGUCUAACAUCACUGACGGGUAACCCUUAUUAUGACAGUCUUGGAUCCCUGGGUGUGGGCACUUUGCUGGGCACCGUCUCAGCCUUCCUUAUCUACACCAAUACAGAAGCUCUGUUGGGUCGUUCCAUCCAGGCCGAGCAUGUGCAGAAACUCACCGAGUUCCUGGAGAACGAUCCUGCUGUCAGAGCGAUUCAUGACGUGAAGGCCACGGAUAUGGGACUGGGUAAAGUGCGCUUCAAGGCUGAGGUUGACUUUGAUGGACGAGUGGUCACACGGUCCUAUUUGGAAAAGCAGGACAUUGAUCAGAUCCUUAAUGACAUUCAGCAAGUGAAGACUCCCGAAGAGUUGGAGGCCUUUAUGCUGAAGCAUGGCGAGAACGUCAUUGACACCCUGGGAGCAGAGGUGGACCGUCUGGAGAAAGAGCUCAAGCAACGCAACCCGGAAGUUCGGCACGUUGAUCUGGAGAUCCUGUAACGCCGUGAGGCUGAAGUGGGCCACAGCAUCUCUGGCAGAGAAGAAGCUGGCCAAGUUGAAGGAGGUUUAGGUGGUUUUGCACCUCUACUGUACCAGCUCUUACCCCAUCCAGAUGAAGUCUUAAUUUUCAUCCGUACCACGUCAUUGUAGCUCUCGCUCAAUCCACAUAUCCGGUAUGCAGAAGGUGGUCUGUUGGGUCUGAGUUCAUACACAAGACCCAACAAGCUGACACUCAUGAAGACGAGUCCUGUUUUAUUGUAAUAAUACUAAUGUAGGAACUCUGUUUUUUUUUUGUCUUAAGUUAUGUUUAUGGAAAUCAUGAGCUGCUCCUUCAACAGCACUCUGAGAUGAAGCAUAGAUGUAUGACUCUCUGGGUGUCUGUCUGACGAGUCUCAUUUGUAGACCAAGUUCCCUCCUUUUACCAGGCCGGGUGCCCUACAAGGAAAAACAUUUCUGUUUAUUCCACAAGUGUUUGUUUUUUAUUCCUUGUCCAAGUGAGUACGGAAUGCAAGGAUGAAUGAUCAUGUAUAGGUUGGAAAGCUCUUAAAAGUGGUUUUGACAAAUUCCUUAGGUUUUUUUUUUUGGAGGGGGGGUGAAUUAUAAUCUAGAUUAGGUUUAUAUACUAAUAAUAUAGAAAAAUAUAUUUUCUCUUCAAGUUCUGAUGAGUAACCGUAGAUGCUAAUAUAUUUGUCUUACAUCAUUGCACUGAAGAGUGUGUGGAUUAAUUAGUUGUAAUUAUUGUAGUUUAAAUGACAAUUUGUGACCGUAUAUUGAGAUGAUGUAUGCUUGAUUCGAAAGUAGUCCAGCUCCUGAGAAGGUUUUUAAACUCUGACAGGUAUUCACUGUAAAUCUUUGAGUUUUCAUGAUGACAGUAAGAGAGCUAAUAGAAGUUAAACCCCCUCACAUCCUCUACCAUUCAUCACAAGAACGACAGCCAAAGCUGUCACGGCUGAUCUUUUGGAACGUGCAACCUUAUAAUCCAACCUACCACAUAACAAAAGCCCAUGAGAUAGAUACCAACAAAGGACAUCCUUGGAGGCGCCAUGGCUCAGUCGACUAAGGCGCCAUACCAUAAAUCCAGGGACCCGGGUUCGAUUCCGACCCGAGGUCAUUUCCCGAUCCCUCCCCGUCUCUCUCUCCAGCUCGUUUCCUGUCUCUACACUGUCCUAUCCAAUAAAGGUGAAAAAAGCCCCAAAAAAAUCUUUAAAAAAAAAAAAGGACAUCCUUUCUUCUAGCAGUGAUAGUAAAGAAUGCUGCGAUAACUCUCACCGGUUUCUUUAUCCCUGUACAAAACACAUCUUGCUCUUCAUCUACAGCCUCAUCCUCUGCUCACAACACUAGCGAAGAGCUAGCACGAUAUCCGUCUAAUCAGCUUGGUGAUUAGGAAUGAAAAUUGUGAACAGGGUGGUGAAAACUGGGUUUUUGUUACAGGCUGUAAAAUGACCAACAUCAAGUCGUGAUGUUCACUCGGAAAAUGCGGACGCGUAGAUUGGUGUGAGAAGUGACGUUGCAGCAGUUAAGGAUCUGAGAUGAUGAUAAGGUUAUGAGCGCAAAUCCCAUGGCUGCUAGAGGUGCUCGGCUUUAUGCUUGGAUGAAAUCCUGUCUCAUUGUUAAGCGACUGGAUAAACUUCUGCAUCUGCAAAAUGAAUAAAUGUCAAUGUUGAAAAUAAACCAUCCUUCAUUACGUGCUACGAAUACAGGGGUCCUCUGAAAAAUUCUCACUGUAGUCCAUGUCGAUAGUGUAGAUGUGAUUACAACAGACAUGUUUCUGUCCUGAGAAAUAAACAAAAAUAAUUUACUUGAAACUUAAUGGAAAUCUAAUAUUGAUUUUUUUUUAAAUUAUUUUUAUUAUUUUUUUAAUUCCGUCAAUAAAUAUUUACAAUGCUGGAUUAUAUAAUUCAAAUCUUACAUUUUAACAAGAAAUGUCUUCCAAUGACAGACCUGAGUAUGUACAGUAUAUUAAAAGUAAAUAUAUUUACGUACAGAAUGCAGAAUAUCUUUCCAUCUUCUGAAAGGAUAGAGUGUACUGAUGAAUUUGCAAAUACAUUUGGCUAAAAAUUCAUGAAAUCAUUUGACAGAAUUCCUCCUUUAAUUUAAGUAAAUGUUGUUGUUUUUUUUCCCUGUUCAUUUGUUAGCACAAAAAGGUCAAUAUUUGUCUGUGUGGUAAUCGCACAUCUGUGACACUUUCAGAAAUAUUCACUUUUCCAGCUAGCAGACACCUGUACAGACUAAACUUACAAAAGAUGUCCCCUUGAUCGUACCACACCCCUGACAAAUAAGUUUCUCAGAGGUUUUAAAAUUUUAGGAUUAUUUUGUCCUGUUUUUCGAUGUGACUGUAAUAAAGUUUGUCUAUUACAAG